AUGAACUCAAACUCAAUAUCACAAGUCAUCCACACUCCUAAAAACUCAUCAUAUUCCACCAUUUUGAACUCCUUUUCAGAUAACCUAAGGAGAACCUCCGACUUCAAACCAUCAAUUAUUUUCACUCCUACCAACGAAUCUCAAAUCCAGGCAAGCUUCCCAAAACUAGGGUUAGUGAAAGAAGAUUGCAUUGAGAUGAGUUGGAUCGAAUCUAUACUCUUCUUUGCGGGUUUCCCUAGGGGCACAUCACUUGAUGUGUUACAAGAUUGGAAUAGCACAACUAAUCAAGAGUACUAUUUCAAAGGGAAAUCAGACUAUGUCCAACACCCAAUUUCUAUAAAUGGUCUUGAAGGUAUAUGGAAACUAUACAAUCAAUUAGGCGAAAAUUCGGGUGUUGAAUUACAGUUUAGUCCUUAUGGAGGAAAGUUGAGUGAAAUCUCAGAAUCUGAAACUCCUUUCCCUCAUAGAGCUGGAAAUAUAUUCAUGAUCGAGUAUGCAGUAUUUUGGGUGAAAAUGGAAAAUUCUAAGAGAAACAUAGCUUGGAAUCGAAAACUUUAUCGAUACAUGGCUAAGUAUGUGUCAAAAUCUCCAAGAGUUGCUUAUUUCAACUAUAGAGAUCUUGAUUUAGGAGUGAACAAUAUUAUUGGAAACACAAGCUAUGAACAAGCAAGAAUUUGGGGAGUGAAAUAUUUCAAGAACAACUUUGAUAGAUUGGUGAAAGUGAAGACAAAAAUUGAUCCAACAAAUUUCUUUAGAAAUGAACAAAGUAUUCCCCCUCUAUUAUCUUAA